AUGCAAAUUAUUGUUCGACAGUGUUGUGAUUUCUUGGACAAGGAGUACAUUCAAGGUUGCAUUGACAUCCCGAUGUAUCUUCACCUUCUCAGAUUUGCUGAUUUACAUGGUCUGAAAGACCUAAAAGAAGCUACUUUGUGCAAGAUGGCUUCGGUGUUUAAGGAGGUUUGCGAAAGUGAAGAAUUCGUGUCUCAUAUUGACGCUGAUCAGUUCUUAUAUCUUCUCAGCCGAGAUGACCUCAGUGCUCCUUCCGAGACAUUCGUCUUCAAAUCCGUGAUGCAAUGGAUUAAGCACAAGAAGGAAGAAAGGAUGACAGUCGCAGCCAAAGUUAUCGGAGCGGUUCGUUUGGGGCUGGUCGACACCAAGGAUGUAGUUGAAGAACUAAACACAGAGGAGAUGAAACAAGUGCCGGAGAUUCAAACGCUUAUGUGUGAAAAACUGCUGCAUAGCAACAUGCCUUCGCCCGACUCAAAGUUUGCUGUUGAGAAAACAAGGCCACGUUCAACGACCCCGGUAAGUACAACACAACUUCACUGAUUAAAAAAAGGCUGUUGAUCCUGUAACUACUUUUUAGGAGGGGGAGGGUGGUGGGGUAAGAAAAUUUAAGCAUUUUGUGUGAAUCACAAGGAUCUGAUUACGAUGUUGAUCCCAGUGCUAAGCUGCCGCUUAUGAUCAGUGAUAGUGAUUUGUUUGGUACGGCACUGACUAGACUGACUACAUUGACUACACCAACUGCAUUGACCAGCAAUAUCACUGACUACAACCUACACACAAGCUUUUGUGCUAACUUCAGUGCUGAAAUGUGUAUAUUCGUGACGGUAGUCAUGGAUUUAUUACCAUUUGUUUUCAACCUUUGUUGAAGCGGCAAAUGUAAGGCAAAGCCUACAAAUGUAAUAAAAAUUGACCACAAAUGUAAUAAAACCGGCAAAUGCUAUUUGUGUUUUUCGAAAGAGCAUGCGGCGCUGAAGCGACCCCCGAAUAAACUUGGCAUCUUUUAAGUCCAAAAUCAAUAAGCGCCGCGGCGCUCUUUCGAAAAAUACAAUGUCUUACUGCAUUUAAAGGGCGCCGACCUCAAGUAAGAAUAGCAUACGAGAAGACGAAAAAUAAACAUAUAUUUUCGCCUGCAUUCAUCCCAUUCAAGCGAGAGUGCCGCAUUUCCCAGCAAUACAGCAACGCUUAUUAAUUUUUUCUUGUCAAAUUUUUUGAUAUGUUAAUGUAAACUUGAAGCAUAUCGAUGCAAGUUUAGACCUUGUUUUGCUUUGAACUUUCAUUUCUUCUAAAGAGUAUAGUAUUUAAAUAACUGCUUAUAGUAGAGUACGUGAUACUCACAUGAAUGAUAAAAAUCUAUUAUCUACCUAAGUAGAAUAGAGGAGUUCACGCUCAUAGUUGCAUCAUGGGUAAUAAGGGCAAGAUGGCGGGAAAUUAGAAGAUUUGUAUUAGAAUUCAAAGCCAACUAAUUCUUCCUGAAUUCAUAUGAACUUACAAUCUUUGUUUUCUUCAGCUUCCUGACAGUUGUUUUUCUUCCACAAUGAUUCGUAAACUUUUUCCUCCCUUUCUUUAAGGCUAGUACCAGCUUCGGAUACUUUCAUUAUGUUAGUUAUGGUUUUUUUUUGCCCAUUGGUUUAGUUUGAACCAGAUGUAGAGGUAGAGGUAGAAAAAAAACAGACGAUCGCAUGGAUGUUUUAAUAGAGGUCUUCGCUACACAAAAGUUUCAAAGAGAGCAACCGGACACCUUUCUCCUCCAACAAAUAACGUACAUGACUUGAAAUCCCUGUUGUUUAUAUCAUGAAUAACUUGUACCCUUGUUCAUUUAAAUGCCUGAAAAGUGUAGCUGUCAUGGUUUGCGUGUGGUUGCCACCGUUUUUGUUCUCCAUUUUUUUACUUUAGCGUAGUCUGUUAUAAGUAGCUUGUUUUUUAGUUUCCCUAGCUCAUUUUCCUUGAUUUUGUCGACAGUAUUUUUCUCUUAGCACCGCAUUUUUAAUAUAUUUAGCCAGAAAGACGUACUUUUUACUGUGUUCGGGUUUUUGGAAUAUUUUUUUAACUUUUCUAUAGUUUUGAGUACAAAAUUAAAUCGUCGUUUGCUGAAAACCAUGGCCAUUUUCUUCAAUUUUGUUGUUAAAACAGCUCUAAUCUGAUUGGUUCUUGGUGGUUUCUUUUGUGUUUUCAGCCAAUCAGAAACCAUUUGUAAUUUGCACUUGUGUUACAGAAGAACUGCACUCCUUUCUCAGCCGAUCAGAAUUGAGUAAUGUUUUCGUGUAUAUUAUUAGAGUUCUUUAUCAACUUCUGUUUAAAUUAACGUGUUCUAAAUAUUUCAUAACUUUAGUUUUAAAUUCGGCCUCCUUCACUAAUUUAAUGCUUUUGUGCUGUUCGUCGGCAGGUACUUGUUGCAAUUUUCCCCGGUCAAUGCGACGAGUAUGGACAAUCGCAACGUUGGAGGCGGAAUGAAGGUUUCGUUGCCACUCAAAUGAAGUAUUUUGAAACUGGAAUUAAAUCAUGGAAACCAUUUCCGUCCAUGGCAAGAUUAGUUGAUGUCACUGAAUGCACUUGUGCAGUGGUUGUGGGUAAUUAUUUGUAUGUAGCUAAUGAAACGGAGGGUUCUUCAGUAAUUUUUCGGCGUUAUCACACGGCUAGUAAUGUAUGGGAAAAACUUCCUCCCUUAGUGUCCUCCAGUUCAUCGGAACGGAUACGUUGUUUAUGUCCUGUCAAUGAACAUGUAUACGCAUUUAGUGACUCAGAUCUGGCUCAGAGAUAUAGUUUGUCUCAGAAUGAUUGGCAAGGUGGUUUCGAAUUGCCUUCCUUGAAUAAAAAAGGUCAUCGAAAAAGAUCAGUAUUUGUGACGGCAGUGAGUAUGAAAUCUAAAAUAUAUGUACUUCGUGGAUAUUACAGGGUAAACGCGGAUAACCACGUGUGUAAACGUAAACCGGCCGUGUUUCACUGUUUUGACCCACUGAAAAAUGAAUGGAAGAAGAGGGCUUCAACUAUACAUCCUCACUUUGAAUCGACUCUAUUUGUAGAAAAUAAUAAGCUUUAUGUGGCCGGUGGAAGGGUUUUUGUUUCUGUUGAUCGAAGUUUCCCCAGGCGUGCGAGAGCUGUUGGUGGCCCUGCACCUGUCGAAGUUUAUAAUGAGGGAAGGAACUCGUGGGACGUUGUUGAACAAAACCACAUCCCUUCAAACAACCUCGGUGCAGUGGAACUGUUAGGAGGGAAGGUUUAUUUCAUCAUCAACAAAUUUCCAAUUGACAGUGGCAUUAGAAUACCACCAAAUGAAGUGUACACGAUAUCUUUAGGACAGUGGGAACAUCUAGGAACCAUUGAUGAUGCCGCAGUCUUGUGUUAUCUAUCAGUGAAGAAAGAGAUGUUAAACACCCAGUAGGCUACGGCGAAUCCCCUGAUUAAAUAAGAAAAAAAGAAUCAAACCGAAUUAGGUGUUUCUUUUAAAUGUGCCUCUUGUUUUUUUCAAGUUCCGAAAAAUAUUCUUCUACUUGAGUCAGGCUAGAAAAAAAAACGUAGAUUGCCGAUUUUGAAUUAAAUCGGACGAAGCUUUAAAAGCAAAAGGGAAUCUCUUGAUAGGCGUUACCUUGUCAGUUUGUAAAAUGAAAUGAAAGGUGAUUUAUUACCAAAAUGCUAGAUUUGGGAAUAGUUUUGAGGGAUGCGCUUAAUUUUAGCAUUAAAAUGUUACAAUUCCCUGCUCAGUUCAGUAACUUUGUCCUUCGUUAGGUGGCAAUUGUUUCAAUUAGCUGUUAAGUAGUUAUUUAUCAAAACAUUGACUUGAAUUUCACACUUAAAUGUCCUUGUCCUUCGUAAGGUGACAAUUGUUUUAAUUAGCUGUUAGUAGUUAUUUAUCGAAAAAUUGACUUGAAUUUCACACUUAAAUGUCUUGAUUGAGUCCGCCGUACUCUCUGUUAAUAAGGCCACCCCGGCCCGUUACCACUGGUCCGGACAGUCCGGUCAUUUCUCUAUAUUGCAGAAACUUUAUUAAUGUAAUUAUUAUUAAUUAAGAUCAGAGCCGGACCACUUUUUGGAGUCCCUAAUGGUUAAUACGACUAGUUGAAUGCCUUAUGAGACCGGUUUGCAAGAGAAGCAUUACCGAUCUCUCAAACAGAAACACUCUUUAUAGGAAGUUAAUAUAUAUGGUGGAGGAUCAGGGGAAGGGUCCAAGGGUCCUUAACUCCCUUCCUUAAAUGCACCUUUGAACUUGAGCCAGGGAGUGUUCUCUGAGUCGACUGAAGAAUUGCAUAUCGAGGUGUUUAUGACGUAUUUGGAGUUUACUGGAAAAUUAUGUGUAACGGCUGAAAUAGUGUAUUAAGCACAUGUUUGCAUCCCUCUAGUCUGCUUCACAGCCGUAGUUCCUCGUUUCGUCACGCAACGCUUAGACUGCUUGCAGUCCGCCUUUUAUCUCAUCCAGCGCGAUUGCAAACACGACGUUAUUAUUACAAUAAGGGAUUGAGACCAGACGAGCUUACGCCCUCGUUUCUCGCGGCUUUGCCGCUCGCGUGCUUAGGGUUCGUUUCGCGUGCAGUAACUUUGCAAAGAAAAAUAAGAGACUGCUCGCAGUCUACGCAACGCUCCGCUCCACACACAAAGAACGGCUGUGAAGCAGACUAGGAUCCCUCCGAUAAAAAAUAAAAAUCCUUAAGCCCCCAGUGUGAUAACCCGGAAGUUGCGUGGCACAACUGGGGUGAUAUUAAGGAACUCCGCCUUGCAGACAGACUUCGCGUUGUCUGGAUGUCGGAUGAAACACUGCAUCUGGGGUGCUUUCCAUUAUGCCAAAAAUUUCGGAAAUUUCGGUUGAGAAUUGAAUGGAAAGCUUCGGUUCGAGGGAAAUUUUCCGGCCAACUUGGUCCACCUCCAGAGGUGCUCCUUUUUGCCCCUUCCGUCCGGUCGUCCGACCGAAACUUGCCGUUCUAUUUCAAAAAAUUUCCCUUUUGAGCUGAGAAGUUAUCAAAAUUUGGAUCGAGACGAAAUAGAAAGCCUCAAUUCGGUUGGAAACUUUGUUUCAAUCGAACAGUGUCGUUCCAUUUUCUCUUGGUUUCUGACCAGCCCGGCAGGUCGAGAGCACGCGUAAGGCGCGAGCGCGAGCGGCGAAGCCCAAGGAAUGAGGACUCGAGGCUCUGAGGAAAAAGGACGAACCGCUCGCGGUCUAGGGUCGGGCUGACCGGUCGGUUUGGCAAAAUACUCAAAAUGGAAAACACCCCUGGUGUGUGAUGCGUUAGUCUAACUUCAAGUCAAGUUAGUGAAAUGAAGGGCGCGAUCCAUUCAACCAAAAUUUCAACCGGUCCGACCGGGAAAAGUGGUCCACCUCCGUUUUUUCGAAACUUUUCCGGUUGGUCCGAACCGAUCUAUUGAGUUUUGGACCGAACUUUCCGGAAAUUUUGGUCGAAUGGAUCGCGCCCGAAACCACCAACAACUUUAUUAAUCACUAAAGGUAGAACCAAGACACCUUCUUAUUGAUUUAGCGUAAACCAAGUCAAGACCGGCGGUGUGGAUACGUUACAUUUAGAGAUUUUAUUUUCGGCAAUGACAAGCUUCUAAAGCUUACCACUUUCACAUACUAAGGGCGCUAAUAUUACUAAUAAAAUUAGAUUUUACGUUAAUUAUAUUGGAGGGCACAGACUAUUAAUGUAGAUAUGCUUUAUAUAGCUAAAUCUCUUAAAUAAAUUAGUUUUCAAUACUCGUACAUUUUAAUCUUUAUUAAAAAGAGUCGGUAUAAUUCAACAUAUUGUAGUGAACCUCUUAAAUAUAAUAAAAACAAUCUACUGAUUGAAAGUAAAAUCGUUUGUCGUGGUUUACUGAUAUGUACUGGACACUUGGUGGUAUAAACGAGCACUUAUUGGUCUUCCCUUCAGCCGACAUAAUCCACGGUCAUAUCUAUUUGCACGACUUUUCGCACCCGCGUACCUAAAAAAGUGUCGAACAUAAAUAAAAGAAGUUAAAAAAUAAUAGAAAAACAAAGCAAAGGAACUAAACAGCAGGAAAUAAGAGAUAACGGAAAAAUGGUGGAAUUGUUGCUGCGUAGCGACCGAAGGGAGCGGGCAGCAACAUAAUCAGGAUUUAAAGGAAAUAUAUAAGGGGCGACGAAUUCUCGAAUUCAUCACUUUUUACCACAAUGCAUUGCAUUUAACCAGAGUGCAUUGCGCCACGAACAACUCAAAUAAAAACACGGGGAAGUUCGGUGGGUGAGAGAGUGCAUCGUUCGCUGCUCAGACUUAGAGUUUUCUUUGUGGCAAAUUUUCUACAGCAAGGUUAGAGGUCUUACCAAAUUUUCAGACACGCAGGAGUCUUUCAGAUGAGUACGAUGGUUAACUUGAGGAUUGGAUUUCAAUUCAAGAGCCUUUUUUGACUCAAGAGCUUUUUUUGCUCUUCGACUCCGCAACACGGGGUGUGAAAGUGAGAAAAUGUCAUGCAAUGCUAUUCUUAAGAAACUGUAUGAGCCGAAAAUGGAUGUGAUUUUGACCAUACGCUUCAAAAUAACAGCGGAAAUCGAGAUAACAAAACAUAUGUUUUGUGUCCUACUUUGCAGACGAGGACGUGUAUUGGCGUUUUGAAAAGCAUAAUUAUGUCCUUUCAUUCAUUUAUUGCCAUGGAAUAUGCGUUUACAUUAUUUUUUCACUGUUAAUAGCUCGGUUAAUGCGGCUGGUGAUCAUCUUGCCGGCGGAAGUUUCAUGGAAAAGGAAUAAAGUGAAAGACUUCCUAAAGACUACGUAAUCAGUCUCUGUGGUGUAGUGGUUAAGUGUAGUCGCGUCGAGUCGAAGGUGCCUGGUUCGAAUCCUACUGAGUUAUUUGUUCCUUCUUUCUUUUUUUUCUCGUUUUUUGUGUUGUUGUUUUCUAUAAUAUAUAGCUAAAUAACUGUUACUUAAUAAAGUGCAACAAAAAGCAAGAAAAGUAUUGUGUUUCCAGAGAAAAUAUCGUGCACCGUAUAUUAAAUAUAUGGACAAACGAUUUGAAUUUCUAUUAUUUCCUACAAUUUACUGUGGUAAAACCAGAGUUGAUAACCACUUGAUCAUUUUCUAAACAACGUUCCCACGAGUUCUUUCUAUAGACUGAUAGUAAUUAUUCUAGUACUUUCCAACAUGUAAAUAGGACAAUCAAUGUCAUUUUUGAUUCUUUUAAGUCCCACUGCCUAACUAAUGCCAGUAUCAACAGAAUGUGCCGCAGCAUUACUAUCUUUUAGAUACCCUAGUUUAAAUAUGUUUUUGCCCUCGCCGGAUAAUUAUUCAAAGUAAAAUGCAGGGGAGUUUCUCGGAUUACUUUGCCACACGCGUCAGCCGUAUCAAUUGAAAUACUGAGAGUGAUCAUUACCUCACCAGUUCUGACAAAAACGAUUUGGGAAACGGGGUAGGGUUUGUUUUGAAAACUGUGCGUAGUUCUAGGAAAAUCCAAGCUACACCGGCCCCUGUAAUUCACAUCCAAUAUACCGCGGUGUGGCACGAAAUUUUUGCGGUUUUUCCAGCGAUCCGCUAUUUCGUCAUUCCGGGGUUAGAUUCAAUUAUGAAAUUCAUAUAUUCAUUAUUUCACCUUCAUCUUUUCCGAGUAUAUUACGAACCAAUUUAAUUUCCAGCUCCCAGAUGGAUUGCCAGCUUAACUGGUUAGUGUUUAAGAUUAGUGCACUGCACUGGUAUCGCAGAGGUCAGGGUUCGAAUCCCGGCACGCCUGAAUUGUUUCGCGCUUUCUUUUCGUGAUUGGACAAUUUCCGACUUUAACUGCGAGGGUUUUCUCUACAUUAUUUUUUCCUUUCGCGGCUUAAAUGUACCGAUUUCUUUUAUUAUUUUACCCAUUUUCUAAUUGCCUAUGGGUGGGUGAAUGAUGACGAAAGCUUGCCGGUGCUCAAAGCAGUAAGCGUUAAUUUCUUUUUUACGUGACCUGAUAUAUUUUGCUUUUACCUCACAAUUUUCAACAAGUUUUUUUGAAAAUCUCAAUUAUACAGUACGGAGGAAAUGUUUACAAAAGUCGAUCAAAGUAGAACAAAGGUUUUGCAAUAAACAUUGAGACGGAAAUCUACUUAUUUAGUGAACAAAUUACAUUGAACGAAAAUAAUCUCGUAUCCAGAUCUCUUCGUCGACCAGAGAUCUGCAUGGGUACGAGACUUUGCAAAUAAUUUGAUUUAUAUGUCAUAUUCAUGAACAGUUCUACCAACUAAUCUGCAUUAACAACGCAUUACAAAAACACUUCACGACAAAGAAGCGAGCUAAUUACAUUACCUACUAAAAUCUAUGAGAAAAAGGGAAAUGGUUCAUCGUGUCCUAUUGAUUUUAUAUCUCGAUCUCGGAAUGUAUUUUCUAGUAAAGCUGAAACGGGCAAUUUAAACAAAUUAGUUUUGCUAGAAUUACGAAGAUGCUUAAUCACACUUUUAAGUGAGUUUAAUUCUAUGAUAAUUAACAAAGGCCCUUUGCCUGGUCCCCAGAUUUUCUCAACUCGAUUAAUUGGACCCUUCCUGCAGUGGUCGCUUGGACAGAGAAGCAAGUACUAGGCUAGAAUUAAGACACGCAAGGGAGCCCCAUGACAACUCUCUAUUUAAAAAAAAGGAAUAGCAGGCCUGACGGUAAAAACAGAAACCACACUGAAUGCACGAGUCACGCGAAAGAGGAAAAAUUGACGACGAACCCAAUCCUAAACCUGCAACUAGAUAACACUACUAUAACAAUGCAGGUACCACCAAUCCUUUGUUUUAAGGGAUCUGCUACUUCACGCGGCUGCCAGCUACCACAGUCCCGAGAAAAUCGCCAGCAAUUCACUGUAACUAAAUGGAAUCUCUAGCAAGCAGAUAACCUUUAUUUUAAAAGCAGCCACUUGCUUGCUUAUUUCAUAGCGAUUACGUGAGCUUUUUUUUUAUGAAAAUCAGUUCUUUUCCGGGCUAGGUGUUUUUGAAAACUACGAAAAAACUAAAAACUAUAAUCUAUAUUUCCUUAUUCUUCGGGCCUAUUGGGUUUUACAGGAAGGUUUUGGCCGAGCGGAGACGUAAAUAAACGGCUGUGUAAAUCUUUCAACGAAACCUUUAUUCAGAUGUUAAGUUUUUCCUGUUAACUGGCACGCAACACAACAUUGAAUUUUUGGCCACCCUUCCUAAGCCUUCCCACUCAUCUAAAGAAACAGGAUAAACCUCUGCUGGUGUGAUCCUAAUUCUACUGGAAAACUGUUGACGAUGAAAUAUACACUUCCCUCCACUUCUAUUGCUCCAAGGUUAUUUGGGGGAAUGUGUGGUUGGUCUAGAACAGUCCAAGUGUUGUGUUCCUUACCAUACACUUCAACAGAACCUGUUCAGCCACCGCAUGGUUCCUCAGUAUUUCUAUAGAUGGUGCACUUCAGUUUCCAAAGCAACACAGGGUUUAUUGUUUACUACUAAACUGAGUGGAACCAAAGUGAUUGGUGCUUGUCACGUUUUUGUCCGUUCCAUCUUGAAUCAUUCCCAAAAAGCAUUAUACAUUACUGGUUUAUGACUUCCAGUCAAGAAAAAAAUAUAUGACUUUGAAAAAUUAAAAACGUUUAGGGGAUGGGUUCCCAUGAAUUUUCACGGAACAAUAAAAAAUUGUUACUGAUGGUUUCCCAUGAUCUCUGGGUACGGAACCGAAAAAUUGUUUUCCAUGGGAAAUGAAAUCCCAGGGCUAAUGUGUUUGGACGCCAAAAACGGCUUCUGUGAUAGUAGAAGAAUAGCAACACUAACCUAAAACCAUGCAGAUAGUUCAAAUCAUUAGCACUCAAUACAGAAUUACAACAACAAAAAUGUUUUCUCAUUUUUUUCAAACUUUAAACGUCCUUGUAUGACAUGGCCUAGUUAAUAAAGGAACGAAAAUGAUAGCCAGCAAUUGAUGAACUAUCUUGGCCAAAAAAAAUUGAAUGACGUUGCGGUUAUUGGUCAAACAGCAGAACCAAGAGAACUUAGUCUCGAUAGGACUCAAUACUAUGUUUUUCUGUUCAAUACUGAUUUCACUUUUUAUAAAUUAAUGACGUGGGCUAGGGCACGUGCGAUUUCCCUUUUUUUUCGAUACACCGAUUCACAAAUACCAUAGCGAAACUAGCUAGUUUUGUAUGGAGUCUCAUCAGGUGGUCGCCGACCCAUUAACUUUCUAUGUCACAUUUUCUUGGCAAUACUUUCUUUGCUUCAAAAUAUAAGCAGACAAAGUUAGGUGAGAACUUUGAAACUUAUAAUUUUCUUUUCUCUAGGGGCGCGUUUAGUAUAGUAAGGGUUCCUUCUAACCUGCUUCAUAGGUCUUGGCUUGGCCUUCUCUAAAGCGGACUUAGAACUGUUUUUUAAUAGAGGCCUGUUGUUAUGCAAAAGCGAUUCAUGCAGAAGCAUAUGAAUUUCAGGCACUUGCUACAUCUCUUCUGUGUCAAGUUCUUCAGUCACAUCCCUGAUGUUCACCAAUCCCAGAAGAACCGCUCCGAUUAGCAGCGACAGACUGCUGUCAUCCUAUCUUCCUUCUUGCGUUUGAUCCGCCGUUCUCAUCACAGUUUUGAAGACGAAUGUCUCGAAAGGGGCACUGAGGUCAUCUCGACCAAGAAGGCAAGAGUAUUGUUCAGCACCAAAGUGGGACAUGAAUUCUUCAUUCAGUUCUCAGAAACUUCCUUGCAAUUGACGCCAUCUUGCUCUGUGUAGCUUAAUUCUUAAAGGUCUAUCAGUCCGUGUCAAAUUGUAAUUGGUGCAGAUUUAACAAUAUGUCUGUACUGUACAUCAAAUCGCAGCUGAAGGGUUUGCAAGUAGUCGCAACACUGUUCAAUAACACUUGUAACUUGGAGGUGAUCGGCUACCAUAAGAACUUCAAAAACGUUUUCAUCGUUAUAGAUAGAUAGAUAGAUAGAUAGAUAGAUAGAUAGAUAUUCUGUUUAUUUCACCCACUUGCAGCAAUAACUGAAUUGUUGGGAAGGUCAUUGUCACAUACAAUUAACCAUUUUCAUACAUUCACUGAAAUUUAUAAGUUACAAAGUCAUUAAUUCUUCUGGUAUGACCAUGUUGACGUCUUGGAAGUUGGACCCUCAUACUGUAAUGAGACUCAAAAGCGGCAGGAGAGGGGAUGAUGUUCUUAAGGGGGGACAUUUGGCGUGCAGUAGCCAUAAACCGCUUACAAGCUCCUACUCUCCUGUCACUAAGAGACUCCAGGCCGGCUAAGACCAAGGCUUCCACAUAGUCUACCCGGCCAAAUAUUAUUUUGAGGGCUUUCCGCUGUACAGACUCAAUUAACUCAUCAAGACAUAAAGGGAUCGCAGCCCAAACUGGCGAGGCGUACUCAGCAAUGGAUCUAACAAUACUACAGUAGACUCACACGAGAUCGUUAGUGCCCAGUCCAACUCUCUUGAGGGUCCGCAGCACAAACAAUCGCUUAGCAGCUUUUUUAUGGAUACUGUCACAGUGUUCGUUUCAAGAGAGGUCAUUAGAGAUAAUAACCCCUAGGAGUUUAUAACUAGAUACUCUAUCAAUAACUAUACCAUUAAGCUGAAUCGGCGUUAUAACAGUGGGUUGGUACUUCAAAAAAUUGAUAACCAUAUCUUUACAUUUUUUCUCAUUAAGCCGCAUGUUACGCAUGGAAGCGUAGGUGUUAAUAUUUGCGGCGAUAAAUGGAAGGUAGCUAGGCGAACAUCGAGGAAUAGAUUCAAAUACCGAGGUGUCAUCAACGUAUUUAACCCUAUAUCUCCAGUCCCUACACAGAUUGUUCACUAAUAUGGCGAACAGCAAUGGCGCGAGUUUUGUUACGAACUAACACAACUGGCAGCCAUUGGCGCCGCUGACCGCUGACUCGAAGAUCUCUACCGUAGAUGGAAUCCAGGACGAUCUUCAACGCAGCUGGUGAAAUGCUUUCAUUUUGAGCUCGACAACUUCCUGGUUCGACUCCUUCAUGCCAUGAGCAAACAUGGCGUGAAAGCAGCAAGCACUGUGUGAUGAGCUGAGAAUACUUCUUGCCUCACUUUUUUACUGAGCCAUCAGAAGAAUUUCGGAAUGAGCAACCAUUCUUGGAUCGGUAUAGUCAGAUUUUGAAAAGAAAAGCGGUUGACUCUGAACGUAUGAUAGUUUUCGCGUUACGUUUUUUUCCUCUUUUUGGCAAGUAAUUCAUGGCAGUCUCCAUAGUACUAGGGUAAACACGGGUACACAGAAGAUAUAUAGUGGUAUACAAGGUAUAAGAGAUAACAUAUCAGGGAGUCUAUAUGGAGACUGCCAUGAAUUACUUGACUUUUUUUACGUCUUGAUCAAGUGGCCAUGACACGUUAUGGAAAUCCUUGGGCGCGAUCCAUUCAACCAAAAUUUCCGGAAAUUUCUCUUUUGACGUGGACCACUUUUCCCUGUCGGACCGUUUGUAAUUUUGGUUGAAUGGAUCGCGCCCCUUGAUUCGCUUGUCACGAAACAAUCAUGUACUAGUCUGCGAGCCCACUUUAAGCAACUUUUUAAUGAUAAAAUUAGGGACUGUACAGUACACUGAUCAAUUGCAGCUCUGAAAGUUUUUAAAGGAAAUCUAUUUACGAAUUUUGAUUGUUUAGCUGUUUUUACAAAUCACAAGAAGAGAGCGAUUAACUCUGGAACCGUAUAUCUUUGUUUUUUUUUCGAAUUCGCGCGAUCCUACCUACCUGCAGCGGUUUGGAGAAUGCACAUUAAGUAACACCCAAGAAGGAGGAAAUUUGUAGACAUCAGUUUACGCAUAAAUUAUAUUCUUCCUCUUAUAGAUUUUUGGGCUGGAAAAAAAUUUGUACAAUAGAAGGCAAGAACGUAAAGCAUAUUUUUGGCGUAUACUGAUGGCAUAGCAUACUCGAAUAAGGGUUGAAAUUCAUUGUCUCGUGACAUUCCAUUCAUUCCGAUCGCAAAACAUUAAUGUCAUUGAAUAAUGUAAAAUCAAUAAUAGUGAUAGUAAUACUAAUACUACUACUACUAAUAAUAAUCAUGAUAAUAAUAAUAAUAAUAAUAAUAAUAUCAUUGAAUAAAGUCUACGUGUAAUGCGUCUUGUUGAGGUUAAGAGUUCCAAAGGUGGAAGGUAUGCCUACAUGGAUGCUGAAUCGAGCCACCUUAACCGUAUACAGAUUCGAUUUUGCCUCAUAUAUUAUAUCAUAUAACUCUUGGCUGGGAACCUUGUCUCUGCGACCUUAUUUCUGUGGCUUCAACGGGACGUGACUUACCUGGAACAGUUAUUCCUACACCUACCCUGUUUUAUGUCGUCAAAGAAAACACACGGUGACUGUACAUGUGCUUUCCUGGUCGCUUUUGUUGGGCUUUGGAGAAAAUUACCAGCAACCCCUUCUACCCGCAGCAAGUUUUCUCCAUACAAAUGAGGCCUUGGUUUUCUUUUCACUUUUUUAUCUACCUAUGUUUUUUUUUUCACUUCACAAAAAAAAUAUUGUCUGCGGGACCAUAAUUUAACUACUUCUUUCUCAUUUGACCUAAUAUGAUGGACUGAAAAAGCAAGGGUGGUGUUGCGUGAUCAAUUAGAAACUGCCUUUUCAUUGGUCAUUCUUCAUAUCAUGAAUAAUCAUGCAUGGUCGUUGUUCGAUGACACGUAAGAGAGGACGCUGUUUUGACACUAAUAGCUUCACCAAAAUGGCGGCCCAUCUUUUGUUCAAGUUAGGCCAGUUCAAAGAAAACGGAGAAUUCGUUGACGUUCGUCUGAGGGUGGAUGAGUCCAUCUUUCCUGCUCACCGCAAUGUUCUCGCUGCUAACAGCGAUGCAAUGUUCACCAAUGGAAUGAAGGAAUCAAACCAGGAAGUGAUUGAGCUCAAAGAUGAAAACCUUUCAGCACUCGGUUUUAAGGUCGUAAUGGAUUCCAUCUAUAUAGUGGAGAGCUCUUCAUUGACAAGAAAAAAAAAAGUUUUCGAAGUUCUCAUAACUGCCAACCAUCUCCAGAUGCCAAUCAUUGUUCGACAGUGUUGUGAUUUCUUGGACAAAGAAUACAUUCAAGGUUCCAUUGACAUCCAAACGUAUCUCCAUCUUCUUGCAUUUGCUGAUUUGCACAGUCUGAGAGACCUAAAGGAAGAUUUACAUCGUAAGAUGGCGUCGUUGUACGGGCAGGUCUGUGAAAGUGAAGGAUUCUUGUCCCAUAUUGACGCUGAUAAGUUACUGAAUCUUCUCAGCCGAGAUGAUCUCAAUGCUCCUUCCGAGACAUUUGUCUUCAAAUCUGUGAUGCAGUGGAUCAAACACAAAAAGAAAGAGAGAACGACAGUCGCGGCUAAAGUUAUCGGAGCGGUUCGUCUGGGGCUGGUCGAAACCAAGGAUGUAGUUGAAGAACUGAACACAGAGGAGAUGCAGCGAGUGCCAGAUUCAAAUGCUUAUGUGUGA